UAUUUUGUUCUUUACUUCCUACAUUAAGAUUUCUCUCCCAAGUCUCUUUUCUCCAAUUCAAAGAAACUCUGCAUGCUUUCCAGGAAAAGAAAAGGAAAGACAACGUAUUGAAUUGGAACUUGUACACAUCAAUGACUGUUUAUGAGCCAGAUCCUGACGUAGUGAGGUGGAAUCUCCACCUUAUAGAUGUUUGUGGUAUAAACAAUGGUGGUUCUCUCGGAACUGUUACUCACUAUGACAAGGAUUUUUCUCAUCUUGGAUAUGUGCAAGAAGGUUAUUCUGAGCCUACACAUGUUAAUGUGGAGAAUGAUGAGAUAAUUGCCCAUGCUCUUCAGGAGGAACUGUCGCGGCUUUCACUGGAGGAAUCCUUGGGAUCUUCACACACUGACGAAGAACAUCGAAAAACAUCAGUUCUUGCUCAGGAUUGGGUUGCACCGUCAAGGGGGAAUUACAAUUUUUUACUUGAUGGCAAUGAGGAAGACACAGAUAGUAAUGGAAAGAUUACUUUUUGCCCUUCCACAGUUACAUCAUCCAAUUGGGAGCAUCAAGCCAUUUCACCAGAGAGAGAGAAUGAAUCUCUUCUUGAUGGUGAAGUUGGGAAGCGUUUGAAUCAGUUGGCUGCCAUCCCUCAUGUUCCCAAAAUUAACGGAGAUAUACCCUCAGUAGAUGAAGCCAAAUCAGAUCAUCAAAGGCUGAUGGACAGGUUGGAAGUAUAUGAUCUAGUUGAGCUAAAAGUUUCUGGAGAUGGCAACUGUCAGUUCCGCUCACUGUCGGACCAAAUAUAUCGCAGUACUGAGCAUCACAAAUUUGUGAGGGAACACAUUGUUAAACAGCUCAAGAUCCAUAGGGAGCUGUAUGAGGGAUAUGUUCCAAUGGUCUAUGAUGAAUACUUGAAGAAAAUGAGCAAGGCUGGCGAAUGGGGUGAUCAUGUAACUUUGCAGGCUGCUGCAGAUUCAUAUGGUGUUAAGAUAUUUGUCAUUACAUCGUUUAAGGACACCUGCUACAUUGAGAUUCUUCCACAAAGUCAGAAGUCAAACAGGAUUAUUUUUUUGAGCUUUUGGGCUGAAGUACACUACAAUUCAAUCUAUCCACAAGGAGUUUCAUUCAUUGCCAAUUUAUUACAGAGUAUCCUGCUGGAGAAACAAGAAAAAGUAAAAAAUGGUGGUGGCUAGGGUGAGACUUGAGUAGCACUUGCCAGCCAGCUUCUUUAUGAACAGCGCACGCCUUAUUAGGGGCUCUGUGACAACUCCGGAUUGUAUAUGUAAUAUGUUACUCUCUCUUUGGGGUAUACUAAGGUUUUGCCAAUUUUACGGUCUUCAUUAUUUUUGCAUAUAUCAUUUUCAUUUAAGUUUUGUAGUUAGCCCUUUGUUAUUCAUUUAUUUGUUAUAUGCAAUGCUUUUUUGCUUGUA